AUGGGUGAUUUUGAAAAGAUAAUUGAAAUGUUCGCUGCAUUUCGGCCGAAAUCACUGUCUUUCUUUUCGCAAGCGAGCAAACGAUUGGUACAUAAAGGUGUUGAUUGUGCACCACCACUACGCUUUUAUAGUGUUCCAGAGCGAAUUUUCGUUUUUUUAGCAACCGCAACCGUUAUGCUUUCAUAUCCUACAUAUGUUCUUCUUAAUUUAGAUAAUCUUCGUCCCCAUCCAGUUAUCAAGCUAAAUCCAGAGGUCGAAGCUGAAAUGGAAAGAUUAGCGGCAAAGCGCGAAGCUCUUGGAAAUCCACCUACACCUUUCAUCUAG